AUGAAGGCUAAGAAAGAUCUUGAAAAUGUAUGCCAAGAAAUAUGGAAUGCUGCCGGAAACAAUCUGAACAUUCCCACGGAAUUAAAGGUUAACCUUGACGAAACCUAUACACAGCCGUUGUUCAAGGUGGAACUAGCUGGACAAGCCAAACUAGAAUCUAAAGUGUUCACUACUUUCGCAGAUCUACUGCAGAACAAUGCAGACGACAAAAGUCAAGAAGCAUUUCUCGAGGUGAUAAUACAACCAGGUGGACCUAUGGCCAAGGCUUGGGAAUAUCUGAAAGCAAAGAAGAUACUUGACCCAAAACAGGAUCGUGAGGACUUUAAGGAGGUCUUAAAGGAGCUGUGGUUCAUAAUGCCUCCAGGCAAAACUUCUAAGGGCUUCGAACAUGUUUUUGUUGGUGAAAGAGGAAAAUUAGGAAAACAUUACGAUGGAUUUCACAACUGGUACCAGUUUUACCUUGAGCAAUCUAAAGGCACAGAUGUGGUAAAACUAGAGUAUUUGCCUGACCACACGUAUCUUACUAAGCCUAUUUUUAUGACGGGUCUCAAAUUCAAGUGGCGCAACGCAAAAAAAAGUGCCGACGAAGGCAGCUCCUUGUUUGUUGGAACCAGCCCAGCAUUUGAUUUUGCCAUCUUCAGUACCUGCGCUAUGUCGCUAUUUAUAGAAGAAAACAUAGAAGUAUGCACUUGUGGAAUUCACGGGAGCUUGUUAGAAAUUACAGCCAAACAAAUUUUUACGAAAGCCAAAGGCAAACAAGUUCCAACUUCCAAGAUCAACACAGCCUACCCAUUGUCUGUUGUUGCUCUUGUCUGCACAAGUGUUCCACCCAACAGCCGAACGGACUGUGGAUGGCUUGGGAUAGACCGCCCCACCUGUGGAAAACGAGGCUGCUGCUUUGACAGUCAACAGUAUGGUAGCCAGACAUAUUGGUGCUAUUAUCCUUCAGACCACAAAUGUCACGGAAUCCUUCCUCAAAAUAGGAAAGAUUGUGGUUUCCUGGGAAUAAGCAGGAGUGAGUGCGAAGGAAAAGGCUGUUGUUUUGACGAAAACUUUGGUCACGGUGUCCCUCAUUGCUUUCAAGGAGUUCCAAAGGAUAAAAUAUGAGCGAAAGUGCCAGGACCAUUCUAAAGUGAAAGAGAAUAUCAGUGCCACUUAAUAUAGAUUGAUACUGAAUAUAUAUAUAAAAAAUAACAAUAAUGAAAUGAACAUUGUAGCUGAGAAAUAAAAACAAAGAUGUAGUAUCCAUAGAAUUUAUGACAUCUCGUGACUACACUUUUUCAAUUUUUAAGUAUCGUGGAGUGUUGAGUUGAACUAAUAGUUCAUUCCUGAGGAGGAAUUUGAGGGGCAACGAAAGAUGGAGGAAGUCAAGAGAGGUUGUUUUCCGCCUC